CCGUUUUUCACUUGCUCUCUUCUGCGUCUGUCUGCGUCCGUCCUCGAUUCUGUCGGCCGCCCCUAUCUGCUGCUUUUCACGCCCUCUUGGACUGACUGACCGAAAAGGAUGCUCGACGAAGAACGAGAGCGAGAGCGCGAUCGAGACCAGGACAGAGAGAGGGAGGGCGAUACGCGCGGCGGCGGCGGCGGGAAGAAGUCUGGCGGUGGAGGUGGUGGUGGUGCGGGAUCGAAGUCGUCGUCCAAAGACCUUUCGCAUGUCCCCUGCAAAUUCUUCAAAGUCGGAUCCUGUACAGCUGGAUCUGCAUGCCCCUUCUCGCACACCGCCAUUGAGCCCGGUGCAACAAAGGACACCUGUGCGUGGUUCGUCAAGGGGAACUGCAAGUUCGGACACAAGUGUGCGUUGGCGCACAUCUUGCCUGGACAGAGCAUGAGCAUGGAUCGGCGGAACAAGAAGGCUGCCCAGGUCCAGGCUGCUGCUGCGGGUGGCGGGCGUCGCGACGGCGGAGAGAAGGGGGGCAGGGACCGGGACAGGGACCGGGCGAAACGAGGCGGAGCAGGCGGGGACAGCGGGCUUAAUGCACGUACCCCGGCUCGCCGGCCCCCCAUGAGCCUACAGCUGAAGGCGACGAUAUCACCAUCGGCGCCGGCGCCUCCGUUGAAAGAUACGGAUUUUGCCUCGUUCAGCGAUGUGCUCGACGAGCUGCCCAGUGCACCGGCGCGCAACAAGUCGCCCGACUCGCCGCCCGUGACCACGGCCGUGACGACGCCCAAGGAGGAAGAGGAAGCCAAAGUGCUGGACUUCAAGGAGCAGGUCAUGAGCAUGAUGUCGAUUCCUGUCUCUGCGCCCCGGAGACCGAGCACGACGACGCCACCUGCCAAGGACUUCGGGCCGAUCGGGUCGCCACCGACGAAUGCGGGUGCGACACCCCCGCAAAAGAACGGGUUCUUGUCGACGUCGCCGUUCUCAGCGCCUGGGUCCCAGACGAUCUUCCACCUAGGAGACAAAGCAAAGGGGAUGCCCUCCAGUCUGGGCACUGGUAUCACUGGCGCAUGGGGUGCACCGCCUCCGCCAAAGCAGACUGCGACGAGACCCCCGACGACGACGUCCCUGCUGUCUGCUGCACGUGAUAUUCAACGUAAUACGAGCAACAACGCGGACGAUGGGGAUGAUAGCAUGGAGGAAUUCGUGCCCUCAUCGCUUUCUGAAUUGUUGACACCCGAGGAGCGUAGCCGACGGAUGUCGCGUGCCAAUUCGGGGCAGGGAUACGAGCUGAGCUCGUCUCCCGGUCGUCAAGGUCUCGGGCUGCCUCUGCCGAGCGGAGCUGCAGGCCAUCGCUACUCACGUUCGGUGCCAGCCCCGUCCUUCUUGGGCGGCGAUCUCAAAUCCAUCUGGUCCGAGCAAGCCAGCGGGUCCCCCGUCGUUCCCUCUGGCCUGGCUUCGUCGCCCCGAUUCUCCUCAUCGUACUCGUCCACUGGUGGUGGUGGCUUGACUGGAUCUUACGCAGAGGAUCCGGCAUCGCUGAUGCGACUGCCGACUCUCUCACCGAGCAACGCCAGUGCGGCGUUUUUACCCGGCAUGCACCACUACAUGUCACGCAACAAGAGCAACUCCGGCCUCGCGUCGAAUGCAGCGAUGCAGCAGGGCCCGCCAGGACUCGCGCAUUACCUCCAAUCCGGCCCCUCUGCUUAUGUCCGCCCGAAUCCUUUCGACCUCACGCAGCAGCAGUCACGCGUCGAGCAGCCGGAUGCCGGGCUCAUGUCUCCGAACGCUCGGGCGCUGCAGGCCCACGCGCCAGGACAGAGUCUCCCGCAAGGUCUUGCGGCGGGUUACUCGCGGAUCCACGCACUGCCGCCUCUGAGCGCGGGCUCGCCUUCGCCGGCUGCGGCCGCGUUCGGCACGUCGCCAAACAGGGACUGGGCGACCAUGAGCACCGGCAGCGUCAGCGGGAGUCCCGGCUUCCUGAGCUACAUGGCGCCGCAGAAGGAGACGUUGCCGUUCUCGUACUCCGCUGCCGUUGCGAGCCGGGCGGCGGGUGGCGCCGGGGCCGCUGGCGGACCGUCUGGACGGAAUGUGUCCAUCAGCAGCCCGCUUGCGAGACCUGUUGCGACGGCCAACCAGGUCGACGAUCUGUUUGUGCUCGACGAUUGAUAGUGAUAAGUAAUAUUUCAUCUCGCCUCUCCUCUUGCUUGUUGUGUCUGUCUCAUCUGUUACUUACCAACGCACGGACUGCCGUGUUAGCACUUGUCAUGACAAUCUACACCACACCAAAAGUUGUUUUCUCGUUCUCCUAUCUAUAAUCCAUCACGGCCCAACUUGUAGCUAUAUAAAUAUCUCUGUAAGUACAUAUGUACAAGUGAACAUAAUUCUUACUGAGCAAAUCAAGGCUUUUCGGAUACCCAUUAUUAGUAUGCACAUACUUCUUUCCUACAAAGCCGCCAUUGGCACUGAUGGUAUAUAACAUCUGAUUAUGGUAUUAUACAGCCUCGCUCUGCAGCUCGAAGGGUGCGGACGGGUUGUCCGGGCGUGUGAUCUCAUCGUAGAUGAGGACUGCAGACAGGAAGUCAGGGACCAGGUACAAUAGAAGGAACAGAAGCACCGACCCUUCAAGUCCUCCUUGCUCACUUGAUCUCCAUUGUCAAAGUCGAAGAAAGACGGCGGUAUCGGGUCCGCUGUGGGCUCAUCGGCAGGAUCGUGGUACGGCUAGAAAGAAGAACAUUAGGGCCGGUGUUCCUGGUAGGGCAGGACAUCUGCGCACGGAGAGAUAGGGAUGCGCCAGCGCAUCUUCGACUUCUAUCCGCCGUUUUGGAGAGAACGUGAGUAGCUUCUCCAUCAGAUCUAUGGC